AUUGUUGUGGCGAAUUUCAGUAAAUUCUUUGUGGCGAUGGUGACACAUGUUUGAUGCACGUUAGGGCCGCGAACCUGACUUUGCACUUUGCAUUUACUUAAUUGUCGUGAAAAAAAGGGAAUCUUGCAUAAAUUCAAUACCUCAUAGGUAUAACGUGUUGACGAGUUGCAGUUACGAGGAAUAAUCAUGCCUCAGUACACAAUUAAAGUUAAAUGGGGCAAAGAGCUCUUUUCUAAUGUGGAAGUCAACACCGAAGAAGAUCCAAUAUUAUUUAAGGCGCAGCUCUUUGCGCUGACUGGAGUUCAACCAGAAAGGCAAAAAGUUAUGCUCAAAGGAAUGACGCUCAAAGAUGACGAUUGGGGCAAUCUGAAGCUUAAAGAUGGUGUCACGAUACUUAUGAUGGGUUCCAAAGAGGAGGAUGUACCUACGGAACCAAUAGAAAAGCCAGUGUUCUUGGAAGAUAUGAAUGAAGCUGAAUUGGCUAGCGCUUUAGAUUUACCAUCCGGUUUGCUUAAUCUUGGCAACACGUGUUAUCUAAAUGCAACGGUACAAUGCUUAAAGACUGUACCAGAGUUACGAGAUGCCCUGAAAAUUUUCUCGGGAGGUUGGACGACCGGUGCAAGUUUAUCGAUAACUGCACAAAGUAUAACCGCAUCGUUAAGGGACCUCUAUGACAACAUGGAUAAGGGGACAGCUAGAGCACCACUCGUUUUGCUUCAAAUGCUACAUUUAGCCUUUCCAAGAUUUGCAGAAAAAACCGAGCAGGGUGUAUUCCAGCAACAAGAUGCGAAUGAAUGUUGGACGGAAUUAAUUAGGAUGUUGCAACAAAAGUUACCCCCAAAGAACAAUCCAGAUGUGCCAGAAGAUAGUAGCACAGCCUGUAAACCAAGAUCGUUUAUUGAACAAUACUUUGGAGGUAUAUUUGAUUAUGAAUUGAAGUGCACCGAGUCCGAGGAUGAACCAGCCACCACUGGAAAAGAAGAAUUCUUACAAUUGAGUUGUUUUAUUUCGACUGAUGUCAAGCAUAUGUAUUUUGGGCUUAGGAACAAAAUGCAAGAGCAAAUUACGAAAAUGUCUCCGACGCUCGGAAGAAACGCCACUUACACAAAAACGUCAAAAAUUAGCAGGCUACCUGCGUAUUUAACCAUACAGUUCGUACGGUUUUAUUACAAGGAGAAAGAAGCGAUCAACGCAAAAAUCUUGAAAGACGUUAAAUUCCCCAUGGAAUUUGAUGCUUUUGAGUUGUGCAGUUCCGAACUUCAGAACAAACUUAUACCAAUGCGUGAGAAAUUCAAAGAAUACGAGGAUACUCUGGUAGAGGAAUCUUGCAAUGCAAAAACCAAGGAUAUGGGCGAUAGCGCACAGAAAGAAACGAGGAAGGAACCAUUUUGGUUUAAGGAUGAUUUGGGAUCAAAUAAUAGUGGCUAUUACAAGUUACAAGCGGUUCUAACGCAUCGAGGGCGUUCGAGCAGCAGCGGCCAUUAUGUCGGUUGGAUUCGACAGAAGGGCGAUACGUGGAUGAAGUGCGACGACGAUGUUGUUACGGCCGUUACCAGUGAAGAAGUUUUAAAACUCAGCGGAGGUGGUGACUGGCAUUGCGCAUACGUUCUUUUGUAUGGCCCUAGAAUUUUGGAAGUGGAAGUGAAGGAUACAAAAGACAAUCCAGUUAGUGCAAACAGCACUGAAGCUUAACUGAUAAAUAACUGCUUUAAAUUAUGCUAGACAAGAAAUUGCUUGGGUUACUAGCUCUAUACAGAUAUUUGUUCUUGUACCAAUUAAUAUAGCAACGUCAUUAAAACAUUAUUAUUAUUACUAUUAUCAUCACGUGCUACAAUACAUGUAGUAUUUGGAAUAAUAAUUUCGUCAUAUCAAAUAUGAAAAAC